CAAGCAAAAGCCAACAGCAUCCUAUUCCUACCUACGAUCCGAUACAGAAUCUUCCCCGAGCCACAAACCAAAGCAACACCGACAAUGUCGAUCGUGAGGCGUAGCAACGUCUUCGACCCCUUCGCCGACCUCUGGGCUGACCCCUUCGACACCUUCCGCUCCAUCAUCCCGGCGAUCUCAGGCGGCAACAGCGAGACGGCCGCGUUCGCCAACGCCCGGGUGGACUGGAAGGAGACCCCCGAGGCGCACGUCUUCAAGGCCGACCUUCCAGGGGUGAAGAAGGAGGAGGUCAAGGUGGAGGUGGAGGACGGCAACGUGCUCGUCGUCAGCGGCGAGCGCACAAAGGAGAAGGAGGACAAGAACGACAAGUGGCACCGCGUGGAGCGCAGCAGCGGCAAGUUCGUCAGGCGCUUCCGCCUCCCCGAGGACGCCAAGGUGGAGGAGGUGAAGGCCGGGCUGGAGAACGGUGUGCUCACCGUCACCGUGCCCAAGGCCCAGGUCAAGAAGCCCGAGGUGAAGGCCAUCCAGAUCUCCGGCUGAGUGCACGCGUCUCGGCGUAUGAUCAUCAGGGAUGGAGCCAGUUUGGUUGAUGUGUGUGCGAGGUCUGCAACCGCUACAGUUGUGUCUUGUUCUUGGCGAGUCUGGUGAGACAUCUCUGUAGUGCGUUUCUUUCCUCAGUUACUUGUGUAAUCGCCAAUAGAUUUGGUGAUGAAUAAAUGAGAAAUAAAUCCUUCUGUUUUUGAGUGCAA